AUUCGAUUCUGGGCCUCCGAGUUUCGAUCACAGGAAUGAAUUCAUGGCCAACGAAGAUGAGGAAACUGGAAAGAUUCCUGUCAAAGCCUACUUUCUUUGCACCAGUAUCAAUUUGAAGAGCAUGCAAGCCGAGAAUUUAAGCAAUGUAGUUCCUCCUAGCUCUCGCUCAUCAAAUUAUAUUGCCCUCAGAUACUGUGAUUUCCCAUCAGAAAAUACUGGGCUUGGAGUCAAUGGGAACCUGAGCUACUGUCGUUACAUGGUUGUGUUCCAGUAUGGAUCUGCUGUUCUAUUUAAUAUCGAGGAUCAUGAAGUUGAAACUUACCUGGAUACAGUUAGAAGACAUGCUUCUGGGUUGCUUCCAGAGAUGAGGAAAGACGAUUAUGCUGUAAAGGAGAAGCCAUUGUUGGUUGAGGAUAUGCAGGGAGGGCCGGACUACAUUGUUCUCAAGACGUUGGACACGGAUGGCAUCCGCAUUAUUGGAAGUGUGCUUGGCCAAAGCAUUGCUUUGGAUUAUUUUGUUUCACAGAUUGAUGGUAUGCUUCAAGAAUUUGCAGAGAUAAAUCGUGGAAUGGAGAAAACUGGAACUUUUACAAUGGAUAAGAAGAAGCUCCUUCAACUUGUCGGGAAGGCUAAUUCAAAUCUAGCCGAUGUAAUCCUCAAAGUUGGUCUUUUUGAGAGAUCAGAAAUUGCUUGGAGGGAUGCAAAAUACGCUCAAAUAUAUGAAUAUCUUCGAGAGGAGUAUGAGGUGACUCAACGCUUUGGAAAUUUGGAUUUCAAAUUAAAAUUUGUCGAGCAUAACAUUCAUUUCCUCCAAGAAGUCCUCCAAAACAGGAAGUCCGACCUCUUGGAAUGGUGCAUCAUUGGCUUGUUGACUAUUGAGAAUGUCAUAUCACUAUACGAGAUUGUUCGUGAUUCAAAUGUAGUUCCUCUAUGAUCUUGCAAGCAGAUUAGGAAACUUGUAACAGCCAAUUGAAGUUAUUCUAGCACAAUUCAAUUAAUUUAUUGAGCAAUCAAUCCCAUUAAUUAUUAUGUGUAUGCAACCAUUGGAAAUUGUCUUGAGUACCAUUUUUGUAAUACUUAUAUUAUGAAUAGAGAAAAAUAGAAAAUAAAGUUAUGAAAUUAUU